AUGAAGCUCAUAGUCACUGGCGCUACUGGUUUUGUCGGCUCGGAAGUUGUUCGGCAAGCUCUGCGCAACCCUUUUGUGACAUCGGUAGCUGUCAUUGCGCGCAAGGCUGUUCCAGUGCCGCCAAAUGAAGAUGCUUCAAAGUUAAAGUCCUUUGUGCUGGACGACUGGACAUCAGAUUAUCCGGAUUCUUUAAUAGAGCACAUAAAAGGUGCAGAUGCAUGCAUCUGGAGCCUCGCAGUGACACCUUCUCAGUCCAGAUCAAUGGACUUUGCACAGGUUACCACUAUCUGUCAUGACUAUACUAUCAAUGGUAUCCAGAACAUGAUCAAGGCUGCCAAUAAGCCGUUCCGAUUCGUUUAUGUUUCCGGCGUCUUAACCGAACGUGAUCAGAGCAAGGUUUUGCCGAGUUUGGGAGAGUAUCGUCACUUACGAGGCCGCACCGAAAAUUGUCUCCUAGAUAUUGCAAAAGAAAACUCACCAAACGUGCAAGUCACCGUGACUAAGCCCGGUGCUAUAGACGCGCCCAGCGUCAAGGAGACAUCUGAUGCUAUGCUUAAAUCGCUUUUCAACAUGUUUGGCUACACUCCCCGUGUGCAUGUGUCUGAGUUGGCAGCUGCGAUGAUUGAUCAGUGCCAGAAUGGUAUCACCAAGGAUCCGCUGUGGAGCGACGAGCUGGCUACUAUUGGGAAACGAGUGUUGAAGGAGGAAGAUUACCUAUGA